AUGUGCGGAGUCGCGAACGAUCAAAAACCUACGCGCUCACGAAAUCCGCGUUGAAAUAAAACAAAACGGUUUCCGCACACCCGAUAUGACGAUACAGUUAUCACUUGUUUAUCGACCACCCUCCGCGAUCGCAGCUUACAUAAACCACGAGAACUCAUCAAACAGUGCAACCGUGUGCAUAGAUUACGCAAUCGUUUUCAACACCACCUCGUGCUUACUCCGAUAAUUUCAGUCUUAGACCAGUGUCCACUUCUCAGUGCUAGUUAGGUUUAUAUAUGUGAUGUGUGUUGAAAAACAAAACUGACAUUGGUGCUAUUUUAAAGUGAAUGCCACAGAAACGUGUUUUUGGCAAAAUGCCAAAUAUUAUUACGGCAGUAAACAAACAAAUUAGAGUUGUAUAAUAAAAUUGGCAUGUUUCAUAUUUUUAGUGCAGUGUUUACGCAGAUGAGUUCAAGCGGGAUAAAGAUAGCGAAAUGUCGAAAAAAGAGGAAUCGAGUGAUAGUGAUGGCCCUAUAGUAAAUGACAAUGUAAUACGUAUUCAAUUACGGAAGCCGACCCACAGAAAAUGGGAAUUGCGGACGCGAAAUCUAUCCCCCGGGAUAAAGUUUCCCACUAUUCAGCUGUUCGACAGCGAAGGGAAUUUACUUGUGGAAACAAACGAUGAAAACAUAUCAGUAAAGAGCGUAUGUUAUGAUGAAACUAGUUUAAAAAGUACUCAAUCACUAAGAGAACAAGAAUGUAAGCGAACAGUUUAUACACAUCCUAUACGAAAACACAAUACUAUUUCGGGAGAUAGAAUUUACACGCGAAUAUACAAAGGGUCAGGUGUUAUUAAUAAUGAAAAAGAAAAUUGUGAUAAGAAUUUAACUGUAGGACAUAUUAGUUCUCAAAACAUUCCAAAUAUACAAAAACAAAACCGUAGCUUAGAUAGUUUAAACUCAAUUCUUGACACUACGCCGUUUAUAUCAGAUUAUGAUGUAAGUAGUUAUAAAAGUUCAGAUAACGAAACAAACGAUGAUUUGAUUUGCGCAAAAAAUCACACACCAGAACAUUGCAUAAAGAAUGAAAUAUCUGAGCAAAUAUACGAAAAUAAUGUAAAUAAAGAUAAGGAAAAUAACAUAGCCGGUCUCCAUGGAUCUCAAUCAUUUACAGAUCCGGUACCAAAAUAUCGUUUAAGAGAUACAGACGCCGUACAGCGUUCCCAAUCUGGAAUUAUUUAUAAACCUCCGCCCAAUAAGGUUUCCUUUCUAAAUACUUACCUUAAAAGCAUAACCGCACGCAGAGCGUCCAGUACCGGGUUCAUUAUAAACCGUCCCCCAAUUAACGACUCUUCACAAAAUUCACAUAAGACCAUCAAGUUUAUUCCUAAAUUAAACUGCGAGAGAUCCUUUAAAUGGGAUGUCACAGAUAAUGAUUACAUUAAUAUUCCAACGGACGAAGCGGCUGAUUCCGUGUUGAAAAACCGUUUAAAAAUCUAUCGGCGUGGUAUAUCUGAGAUCGGAAUGUACGACGAUAGUACAAAUAUAUCUGGGAAGAAAAGACGGCAUUCAGUGAGUACAAUGCAGAUUAGCCGAAGUUCAUCCUCGGAAAGUGUAGACGAGGCGGAUGUGGUACUAAAUCGCUUAAAGCGUAGAAUAGUGAAGAUUAAGCUGAGGGAAAAACGACGUAAUGUCGGUACUAAGCUCCUUGAUAAAGAUCAUCGCAAUAAGCGUGCGUCAUCGGAUGAGUGGCGCAAUGCGGGCCGCGGAGCCCUUGUGAGGUCCACCCUCGCAAUGGGCUCCAAUAUCAGCCAGCACUCUGCCAAGGGUCUGAAGGGACGCCGCGCACGAUCCAGCGGUGAUCUUUGUAAUGGCGAGACGAAAAGUCAGUCAGAAUCCUCAGUAUGCGGCUCGGUUGUCGGCGAUGUUAUGGCCUGGAAUAGGUCCUUGCCAAACCAUCUCGAUGGAAACAGACACCUAGCCGACUACAGUCGUGUGAAUAAUAACUAUGGAGAGUUCGCGACGUAUAGGUGCCAUCCGAAGGGUGGACGAGGACUUCGCUACAGGAUUUCUAAGUCUGGAUCCGAUGCAGAACCGGUCUGGAAGCUACAGGACCCAGGCUUCGAUCAAGGUUAUGGAUCUGAGCGUUCGCCUGAAGAUGACUGUGUUCCUCCGAUAACACCAGCUAUUUCACUAGAAGAGUACGAAGCGGAAUUGCGUGCCAUAUAUCCAUUUAUUACUGAUGAUAACUCGUUUACAGUAGUAGUAGAGAAGGACGGCCGGGGGCUUGGGAUGUCUGUGUGCGGUGGUGGCGGUUUGGUAAGAAUCAGAAGGCUGUACCCACCGCAGCCUGCGUGGAGGACCGGCCAGCUUGCACCAAAGGACCUGCUCCUAUCUGCAAACGGUGUACCACUAGCUGGACUAAGCACCUAUGAAGCCUUGGAGGUACUUCGAACAGCUGAAGCUCGUGUGGAAUUGCGUGUUUGCCGACCUCCCAAUGAUGUCUUAGAAAGUAUUACACCGCCGGACCCACCUACACCUCCGGCGAGGACUCCCCAUCCACCACACUUGCCGCUGGAUCCACUUAAUUGCCAUCCUUUACAUGCUAGGCUAUCACAAACAACAAGUAGCGCAACCACAUCGUCAUCUGAAGGGCGUGGACGACGCGAUCCGAGCCCUGAAGACAGACGUCACGACCUACAGUUACCUGAUCUGGAUCGGCCUUUGCCAAUAUAUGAUAUUCAAUAUGGGGAGUUUGACAUAGUAAUGACCAAGGUGAAUGGUUCUUUGGGAUUUACCCUUCGUAAAGAAGAUCACAGCGCUUUGGGUCAUUACGUACGAGCCCUGGUGCGAGAACCAGCGUUGAGUGAUGGACGAAUACAACCUGGUGAUAGAAUUGUUGCGGUCAACGAUACAUCGAUGUCAAACAUGUCACACGCAGAUGCGGUGGCCUUCCUCAGGGCGUGUGGCUCAGAAGUCCGACUUCGCUUGUACCGGGAUCACGCCGCCACACCCCUCUCUCCCAUGUCACCCAAAGAGGAGGUCCCCACUGAUUCUGAUCCACCACCGAAUAAGCCUAAACCCCCGUUACGAGCGGAAGCAGUGUCGAUGCUAUGUGACCUCGCCGCCCGUCGCCUCACACCAGACGCCGCAGACGGAUCUCGAUCGCCCUGUCUUUCACCACGAAAGUUUCGCAAACUAACUAAAGACAACAAUCACUACGAACAGCCCAACGAUUUGCCAAGAAGAAGUGUUGAAGAACCAAAUUUAAUUGUAACCAAAAUAACAAAUUCUACUGUCUAUCUGGAAGAAGUUGACUCUGUAGAAAAUAUAACAUGUACGUGCCUACCACCAGUUCCUAUCGCAUCUGAAGUGACACUUGAAAAUAUCGAACAUCUUUUUCACGAAAAAGAAGAAAAAUUGGAUCGGGAUUCAACCGUCCCGUUAAGACCGCCAAGAAAAAAAGCCACUAAGAAGUCCCAUGAAUUAUUGGUCAAACAAAGUUCAUUACAAAUGGAUGAUAAACAGUCAGCUGAAAAAAGACACAUAAGUUGUGAAGUUCGGGAUGACUUAUUUAUAUUAAAAUCAAAUUUAAAUGAGCUGGAACAAUUCUUAACGCAAUCAAUUAUUAAUUAUUCAAACUCACUUGGCCAGUUAUCCAGUGAAACUAAACCACCCAGCAAUGUGAAAGGAGACGAAAAUAAAAAAAUAUCACCAUUAGAUCCAAAUGUAAUCGAAAAUUAUUAUGAAAAUGUUGUUGGUCCUCUUAAUAUAAAAUUUGAAAUGGAACGCGAACUAGAAAAGGAUCCAUUAAUUGAUGAAACUUUUAAAAGUAUAAGUGGACAACCAAACAAUGACGAAUCUCGCUUACAACCGCUUCCUUGUACAUGUUCUUUCACUGUGGAAGAGUUGAGAAAAUUUCAUAAAGAUGGUCUUUUACCUUCAUCAAUCAAAGAUGUUAAACAAGACGAUCCAAUGUUUUUAGAUGGGCCUGAUUAUAAACAAUCGGCUACCAAUUUACCAACAAGCGGCCAAAUGUUACCGAAAAAUAAACACUUACCCAUUCAAAGAUCAAAAACGCAGAGAUUUACAAGAUCGCACUCUAUUCGAAAGCGUCUUCUUUCUAAAAGAUUUAAAUCUAAGACAAUCAAUGGACCAAUAUAUUUGGACAAAAAGGCCGAAGCAACUCUCCUCGAAGCAUCGGGCCAAUCGGUAGACGAUUAUAAAACUGAAAGAUCCGAUGAUGUUCAACAAACAGUCGACACAUUUAUAGAUUGUAGACCAGAAAGACCAAAGUUUCUAAUCAUAGGUGCAACAGAAGAAGGAAAUACGAAAAUUCAAUUAGAUGAUGGGGCUAGUGGAACAAAACUUAAAAAGCCCGUGCUCACAAGUCCCACGACCCCGCCCUCAUGUAGAGACCAAAAGCUAAGCCUGACAGUAAUACCUCAGAACUAUGAGUUAAACAACUUGGAUAACGAUACUCUAGAUGCGCCAAAUGCAUAUCAGGAGCAACAAAGAUACGAACCGGCGUUUCCAGUUGACUCUGAUGAACCGGCAUCGAUGCCAGCCGAGCUAUCAAGCGAUGAGAGAUUCAAACACUCGAAUCCGACGUACCAAAGUGCUGUUUUACAUAGCUCUACUACCGACAGUGCGUCAGAUAAAGACGAUGGAAAUGGUUUGAAAAAGUGGAAAGGUGUCGCAUUAUCACCCGAUAACGAGAGAAAGAUUAAACCUCUUGUCGCAGAUGCAAUACCUAAGCCCAAAAUUGACACCGUCCAGAAAGAAAACAAUAGCCCUGAACCACCAGUCGAGCCUGAGAGCACUGAACCUACGAUAGUGACUGUAGAACUGAACCGCGGGUGGAACAGUCGUCUGGGGUUCAGCGUUCAAAGCCACCCUGAGUCGGGACAGAGUUACAUCUCCGCGGUCUAUAGUGACAGUGUCGCCGCGCGAGACGGUCGGCUGAGACGUGGUGACGUCAUACUUCAGGUUAACGAUGAAAACGUAACAUCUAUGAAGACACCAGAAGUUAUAGACUUACUCAGAAUUUUACGAGGCUCCAUAUGUAUCACAGUUCUGAGACCGAAUACACAAUAAUGGCACAAAAAUCGCAAAAAUAUUUCAGUGUAUUUCCAAUAGAUUAUUGCACUAAAGUCUAUAAUGAAUAAUUUAAAUAUAACCUUGAAAAUAGCUAUUUACAAUAUUAAUCUUAUGUGCGUCUAGAGCAAUAAAUAAUUCUGAGUAAAUAUAUGAUAAUGAUAGUGUAAUCUCGCUUAGAACUAGAAAUUGAAAUAUUUUUCAAUAGCAAAUACAUGAAGUCUAUGGCAUAUAAUCAGCUAAAUCGCUGUCUGUGUAUUCCUUGAAGUUUGUGUGCCGUUUAAGUUCCUAAUACUGUUGGGAUAUUAUAAAAAUGUGGAAUUGAUCUCUAUAGAAUUGGUACUAUAUUUUAAUAUUCAAUAUAAAUAUCUUAUCCCCAAUGAAUCAAGGGCUGAGCAUUGUGAAAAAUAUAUCAAGAUCUCCGUCAGAUUACGGGUCUCCGUAAUUCUAGAAAUUUAUCGAUAAUUAUUUACUUACUGGGGUAAGUAACGACACUACGAAAUAUUAGUAAGUCUCGUUACUAUUACAUAACCUAUGGGCGUGGCUACAAUUAAAAUAACGUCGUCUAAUCAUAUAAAAAUAACCAUAUUUUCUAUCAAAUAUCGAAAUAUUAAAACAUUAAAAAUAUUUAUAAAAAAUAGUUAAAAGUUAUAAAAGCACAAUUAUAGAUCAGAUAUUAGGAACAAUGCACGAAUCAAAUAUUUCACUCACUUAAAAUUAUAAGGGAUUCUCUAAUCAUUACUACCAUACCAUAUGUCAAAAAAUAUUCAAUUUUGACAUACGAAAGUCAUAGUUCUCGCUGAACCUUAGAGUCAUUGUCAUGUCAGUUAAUGUAAAUAUUAACGUAUCAACAAUAUCACAUUCAAGUCGAAUUAUACUGGAACUUGAUACGUUUAUUGUUAAGUGAGUUAUGAAGCUUCGAAGAAGUGUUUUAAGCUAAAAACUUCUAAACAAUCAUCUGGCAUAUCGUCUUUCGUAUUAGAUUGUUACAUAGUAUAAAGACAAAAUAUUUACUAGUAUUCCUAACGGUUUCAGAACUAUGAUAUUUAAUCUUAAUAAUAAGAAGUUUAUCAUUCUCUAUUUAUAUAAAUGCAUAUAAAAAUACCUAAGAUGGCGGUAUAAUAGCGUCGCGGAAUAAAUAGAUAAAGAAAGUUCGUAGACACCGCAAGAGCUGUAAGUAUAUUUGAUAAUCACACUUAUAUAGUAUUUUGCUGUUUUCAGCUUAUUUAUUUAUUCCGUGAAUGUUAUGGAAAUAUUAAAUCUACUGUUAAGAUAUAAGGUGUUCUACAGUGAUGUUGGUACAAGAUUCACCGAAAUCCUACCAAUAAGCUUAUUGCAAAUUGCAUCCCUUACGUUCCCUGUUUGGUGAUUUGAUGUUUGCAAGAGAAGUAAACCCGUAAUGCCAAAGGCAUGUUUCAAGGUUUUCGAAAUAGUUUUCUUCAAUAAAUCUUGUAUUAACAGAGGUCUUUGCACGAAUAUCGUCGAAUAUAAUAUAAAAGAGUUUUUAAUCAAAAUUUAUUGACUGAUUAAAAAAAUAUCGUAUGGACUAUACGUAAAAUUCGUGCUAAGGCCUCAUAUUGUUAAGAUUAUGUGCACGACUAAAAAUCAACAGUAAAAUUUAUUAUUAUUUAUAAUCAAACAAUGAUUCAUAUUUUUUAUUACGAAUCAACAAUUUUUAAAAGUUAUUGUAUGUAAAUAAUUAUCAAGUAGGUAGUUUAAAUGUAGACUUAGAAUUUCAAAAUGAAUCUAAAUUAUAUAAAUUCUAGUCAUGUCAGAAUUACAAUUUAUAAAAUUAAAAUUUCUAGAUAUUACAAAUAUUUACCUAGAUGUUAUAAAUUAAAAGAUUUUAUCGACAAAUCUAUAUUAUAUGUUGAGCGAAUACACGCAAUCAUAAAUUAAGAUGUAUUUUGCAUGAACUUGCUUCUGUAUGUGUUUAAAUCAGUUAAGGCUAUAAGGGCCUUUGUAUUCUAAUAAUAUGUUAAAACAAUGUGAAAGGUAUGAAAAUUCUCUAAUACAUAUAUACAAUUAGAAUAAUAUUGUGCAAAUAGCCUUAUUUACCUUUAUUCUGUAUUCCAAAAUUCUCAAAUAUAUAAUAAUAUUUUAAUAUAUGAUAUUUUAGGCCCAUAAUUAUAUAACGUAUCGUUUUUAUCUUGAAUACUAUCGGACAUGAAAAGAUCCUAAUACGUUGUUUUUUCAGUUUUGGAAUACAGAUUAUAUAGUUAUGCAAUUUACAUAAGAUUUUUUCAUAACAGUAUUGAAAAAUAUUCUCUUAAAUAUAAUAGAGUCCUACUAAUUAUAACUUCUAGAUAUAUGAGAACCUGCUGAUUGAACGAAACAAAACUGAUAUUCUAAAGUUAUUGUGAUGAAUUUGUGUUAGAUGUAACAGUUAGAAUAAAGUAGAAAUUUAUAGAUGUCUGCAGAAAUGCUAGAUUUUAGUCAUUGAAAUAUCUCUAAGUAAAAGGUUUUCAAAAGACCUCACCUAAAAAUAUUAUUGAAUUAAUGUUUAUUUGCUUUAUUUACAUUAAAUUUCCAUUUAUUACAUCCUAUUUUCAUACAAAAUAAUUAUGAGAAAUUUCAUGAUUGAGCUAUCUAUAAUUUUGUAUUUUGCGCCAUCUAGUGUUGUGCCUGAAAAGCAAUAACACUUUGCCUAUAUCUACUAUUUACUAGAGCUAGACCGAUAUUAGAUAAAUUUAUCGUAAUAAUAAGUACAUAAAAACAUAACAUUUAUUCCUUAAAUAUGAAUUCAUGUCAUUUGUGGUGUUUAUUUAAAAUUUAAAGCGGUGCUCAAAAUGUAAUUAUAAUUUUGUCAAAUGCGUAAUUUUAAUAGGUAUUAUUUAGCUUGGCAAGAUUUUGGCGGGAUAAGUUCGGCACGUAUUUUAAAAAGGAAAACAUCUAAAUACGAUUUCAAGGCACUUAUAAAUCUUGCCAAUUUUAUUAUAUAUUCGUUAUGUUUGCUAAUUGCUUGAAAAAAAAAUCUAAUUUAGUUACACGGUUAACGGUGCCUCUAAAAACAUUUUUUUUAGAUAUUCCAUAGGCUAUUGAAUAUACAUAUUUUUGGCUCCUUUGUUAUGAAUUUUCGCCUCUAGUCGCCAAUUUUACGUUAGUUUUAAUUUAUAUCGCUCAAUGUGUUGAUUACUCGGCCUUGUAUGUGAAAAUUUCAGUGAACAUAAAUAUAUUUUUGUGAGAAAUAAACACAGUGUAUAUACUUUAAUUUUUAAAAAUAAAGUGUAAUUAUGG